GACGUAAAGACUACAGCACCGGGGAAAGAAUUAUCAAAAGAUAACGAGGAGCCCAGCUUGAAAUAAGGGACGUAAUCAGAGGACAGAAAAUUUAAAGAGUUAACCCCCUUGAAGAAAAUCAAAUUUAAAGCCAGCCAAAGAAAAUGGAAAUUUCGCUGUCCAAGGUGUCUAUGUCACUGGCUCUGUUGAUAGUCAUCGUCUACAGCGUCACGGGAGAUCAGGGUAGUGAGAACGUUGCCAGGAGAGCGACCUACUUGGCACUUCCAAGAAUGGGAAGAUCGUUGUCGCCCUUGCAGGAGGUGCAGAAGAAACCGCAGCUCCCCUGGAAUUUCAUUGUUCCCCGAAAGAGGGGGCUCCCCCAAGGAUUUAUACUUCCGAGAAAAAGGGGAUAUCUAGCCUUCCCAAGAAUGGGCCGCUCCCACUUCAAGUCUGAGACCGUCGAUGACAUCAGCAACUGCUGCGGCAUCGGCCUGAAGAACGAGUUCUUCGUCGGACAGGACGGGAGGGAAGAGUUGCAGUCCGUGUGCCCGCCCCGCGCCGAAUGCUGCGAAGGUUUGAGGGAGAUAAUCGACGCUAAACCCGAUGGUGUUUACUACUCCAUGUGUGUCCCUACAUGCCCCCUCAGUCAGGAUUCUGUAAGUCACCGAUAAAAAUGCCCGAUCUUCAGAAGUGAGAAACAAAUUGCUGAGUGUACUCAAGAAGUGAUGACGUCACCACAUUUCGUCUCGGAUGAUAUGUUUUGCUUCUCAUGAUAUUCAGUCGUACCUGAGUGUUGCUGUCUAGAUUAUAACCAAUUGUACAAUUUUUGCUUUGUUUUUUGAGGGAGGAGGGGAAUGAUAAAAGAUAAUUGGGGAAUUAUACAGAUAUUUUUUAGAAUCUUCAAUAUUGGAAAAAUAUGUAUGUACGAGAAUUAUAAUAAACUUACAGGGGAAUUUUGAACAAAUUUGAAA